UUCAGUAAUGAAGAAAGUUAUAAACAAACUACUUCCAAACAGCCCUCAUUUUCCGGAUCAGCCGUUAAAAGAGGACAGCUCAAACGUAACGAUAAAAGAAUACAAUAAAUUCCUUGAACGUCAAGAGUCUUCUGGAUAUAAAUAUCAACGAAGAGAUAAUGGUGACGUAUUCAUAAUUGACGUGAGCGAACGCGAACAUAGUUUAGUUGCUUCGUUGUUGCAACGUCGUUUCAAUGCCCCCAAUGCCAACUUUGAUUAUGACCCCCCAAUAGUCGUUGGUAAUGAUGAAUUUCAUUUUAGUCCAUCUGGAAACGGCCAAUGGAUUGCAUCAGAUGUUACGGUAUAUCCAAAUGCAAGUCACGUCCAACAGCCUCGUAUUCCAUAUCCAGGUCCUCCUCCAGGAGACAAAAAUGGUCGGCCACAUGCACGAAUCGUUUGUGAAGUAGGCAACGGUCAAUCCACUAAAGAAUGGAAUGACAAAUCUAUGACAGCUAGAUUAUGGAAACAGGGAGCAGGGUACCAAGAGUGGCAGUUUGGAACACUUAUUCGAAAAAAACAAACUCCUACUACCUGUAAUGCACCCAACCUCCCUCAAUAUCAAGUCAUUAUCCCAAUUGCACAAGUCUUUUGGGACCCAGUACUUCCACUUCCGCCUGCAGUUGAGUAUGUACCAGCUGUUCCUAAUCCUCUUGCAACUGAAACUGCAUCUGUUAAUUUUAUUAUUGACCUGUAUCAAGUUCAACAACUAGUUUUAAGUGAACAAGAUAAUGCAUAA